AAAGGGUGUGUCCAAAGAGAUAUUUUCUGAGUCUUGUAGCUAACAAAAAGCUAGCGCUUUAGUGCAAGGCUAACUCAUAUGUUGAAUAGAAAGUUUGUGCGAACAGAUGAUGCUAUGAAAGAUUCUGAAGAGACUGCAACAGCCUUCAAUUAUAGAGAGACUGCUCUGAAGAUAGCCAAGGAAUCACCUAACUCUACCCCUUCAGUAAUAAAGCUGCUUGAGGAAGCUACUGAAUCACAUUCACAGCCACGUCCUCAAUCGCUUCCAGUCUUCCCCAGGAGCAGGACUGUUGCCACUGACACAGAAACGAAGAAGCCAACGUUUCAUGACCAUGAUACAGUCAGAGAAGAGGUACCUUCUAAAUUAGGACCAUCCGCUAAACAAGUCACUCUUCAAGAACUAGUAGAGCAAUACAAUCUGACUGACGAGCAACUCAACAGUGGAAUAGAGGUUCCUGAUACUCCCUACCUGGCCUCAUGUUUCGAUAAUGUGGAACUGUAUUCAAGUGCAAUGGGACUACCUCCUGCAGAACAAGCCGAUGUGAAUAUGUUGACCCACAGAGAAGGAACUCAAACAGCCAUGAUGAAGUGUUUGCAAAUCUGGAAACAACAUAAUCCUUCACAAGCAACUUACAGAGCUCUACUAGAUAUCGCACUGAGAUUGGGGAAAGGAGACACAGCUCAUCAAGUCUGUCAGCAAUUGACCCAACGUAAGCACAUGUCAGGUAACGCUGGCUACAGUGUGCUGGUGAGCUGCAGUGAGAAGAUAGUCCAGUCACUCUCUGAGGACCCGAAGGCCUUGGCCCUCCACCUCCUGUCAGCUGGGCUUAUCCCUGUUUCCAUUCUUGAGAAAACCAGUGACUUGAAUGAGAGCAAGAAAGAGAAGGCCACUAGACUGUACACUGCCCUACUGGGUGUGGUCAAACACCACCCCCACAAGUACCACGAGUUUGUCUCCACUCUCAGACUCAACCCACUACACACUGACUUGGUCACACUAUUAGAUAGUACGUACAUGUAUAUAUAUGUAGAUCAGAUACCCUAGAUUGACCUUUAGUUU